UCAACUGCCUCAUCGUCCACACUCUCGAGCUAACCACAGCCAGCCUCGCUCAGGCUCAGUAGUAGUAGCUAGCACCUAGCAGCCAUGGCUGGCAGUGACAAGAAGCUUGCCUCCUUGGCUCUGCUGCUAGCAUUACUUGGUUGCCUGGGGCGCACGUGCCAAGCGAGCCACGGGUUUCCCUAUCCGUUGCUCCCUUUCUUCCCGGUCAGAAUACUUCCUUUUUCUGUGCCGUCGCUCACCUGCGGUCACUACCCCAAGGUCAAGUAUGCUUGCGAUGAUGCGGAGAAGAUUGUGAGGGACAUUGUAGAGGAGGAGGUGUACCGCGACCGCGGCAUCGGCGCGGGCCUCAUCCGUCUCUUCUUCCACGACUGCUUCGUCCGGGGUUGCGACGCGUCGGUCCUCCUUGACCAGACCGCCACGCCCAACGAGCCGACGGAGAAGGACGGCAUCCCCAACAGGGGCAGCCUCCGGGGCUUCGAGGUGAUCGACAGGAUCAAGGAGAAGCUCGAGGCCACGCCCGGGUGCAAGCAUGUCGUCUCCUGCGCCGACAUCGUCGCCUUUGCUGCCCGCGACGCCACCUACUUCCUCAGCAACAAGGUGAUAGACUUCCAGAUGCCGUCCGGCCGCUACGACGGGAACAUGUCCCUCGCCAGCGAAACCCUCCCCAACCUGCCCCCUCCCUUCGCCGACAGUGCUCAACUCGAGGCCAUGUUCAAAAACAAGGGCCUCACCCUCGACGAGAUGGUCACCCUCUCCGGCGCACACUCCAUCGGCAUCUCCCACUGCUCCUCCUUCAACGGGGACCGCCCCACCGCCAUGAACUCUACCUUGGCCGACUUGGUCACAGCUAAAUGUAGCAGCGGCGGCAACCCUACCGUGGAUCAGGACAUCCGAACCCCUCGAGACCUCGACAACCAAUACUUCAAGAACGUCAUCAACCACGAAGUCUUGUUCAAAUCGGACGCCGCGCUAGAGUCAUCAACCACAAUUGAAUCCGUCAAACAAAAUGCAAAGUACCCUUUGCUGUGGGAGGAAAAGUUCCGGCAAGCCAUGGUGAAGAUGGGCAACAUCGACGUCAAGACCAGAAACAAUGGAGAGAUCAGACACAAGUGCCGAUCCAUCAACUACUAGUGGAGUACUAGCCUUGCCUCCCAAACAGAUCAGCUCGAACAAGCCACCUCCUCGUUUUUGUAUGGAUCGACUUCCCAUUCUUGUUCUUUCUUUAUUUAUUUAUCUUUUUCACUAAAUAUGGUUUUGUGUACUCCUCAUUUUCUUAUUACAUUUAAUUUAUAUAUUGAUAUUGUUAUCGGUGUACUCUUUAACUUAUAAUUUGUUAAUGAAAACGCAAAUUUAUCGGUGUACACUUUAAUUUAUAAAGCACAUUUAUUUAUGA